AUGAAGUUCGAGAUUACUCCCGCCCGCGCAGCAGCGCUUGUCGCACUCAUUGCCAGCGUCGAAGCUGCGCACCACGGCCAUGCCCACCACCAUGGACACGCUCACGAUGCCCGCAUGGUUCCGGAGAACAAUACCCUCGAGAAGAAGAGUGGCCAGUGCCAGUUCCCUACCGAUGCUGGUCUGGUCGCUGUCACCCCCAAUGAACAGAACGCGGGUUGGGCCAUGAGCCCUAACCAGCCCUGCAAGCCUGGCAACUACUGUCCCUAUGCCUGCCCUCCCGGUCAGGUCUCUAUGCAAUGGGAUCCUGAGGCGACCUCCUACUCCUACCCCAUGUCGAUGAACGGUGGUCUUUACUGUGACGAGAAUGGCGAGAUCCAGAAGCCUUUCCCCAGCAACCCCUACUGUGAGGAUGGUACUGGUGCUGUGCAGGUCACGAACAAGGCCGGCCAGUCUGUGGCUUUCUGCCAGACUGUCUUGCCUGGUAACGAGGCCAUGCUGAUCCCAACCCUGGUCGAGGAACUUUCCACUCUCGCCGUCCCCGGCAUGUCUUACUGGUGCGAGACCGCUGCGCAGUACUACAUCAAUGCCCCCGGUAUUAGUGUUGAGGAGGCUUGCAUCUGGGGUACCAGCGCCAACCCCACCGGUAACUGGGUCCCCUACACUGCCGGCGCCAACACCGUUUCCAAUGGCGACACCUACGUCAAGAUCGGCUGGAAUCCUAUCUACCUGGAGCCCGCUACUCCCUUCCGCAACGUCAAGCCCGAAUUUGGUAUUGAGAUUCUGUGCGAUGGCGAUGGCUGCAAUGGCCUUCCCUGCCGUAUCGAUCCUUCCACCAUGGGUGUCAAUGAGAUGAACGCUCCUGAUGUCUUCACCGGUGCUGGUGGUGCCACUGGCUGUGUUGUCACUGUCCCCUCUGGCGCCAAGGCCAACAUUGUUGUUUUCGACCUUGGUGGUGGCUCUUCCAGUGAGACUACGUCCGCAUCUCCCAGCUCGACCAGCACUAGCAGCACUGUCGCUCCUACCUCUACCACGGAGUCCUCGAGCUCCACCUCGUCUUCUUCGACCUCCUCCUCUUCCACCUCUAGCCCCGCCAACUCCUCGACUGGCUCUGGUACCUCGGCCGUUGAUUCUUCCAACACUCGCCUGCCCAAGUCCAGCCCUACCAACAGCUACACCUACCGCCCUCACGUCUUCACUGGUUCCGCUGAGAUCUCAUCGGCUUCUUCCAGCACUAGCUCCGCCGCACCCGCCAGCACCUCUCCCGCCCACAAUGGUGCCGCCACUGCCGCUGUCUCCAUUGUGAGUGUGGUCUUCGGUGCCAUGGCCGCCCUGACCCUGAACUUCUAA